UCUCUCCUUGUCCGGCCCGGGCCUCUCGCCGCUUGUUCCCAGGCAGAGUUUGAACCCGGGACGGGACGGGGGGGCUGUCACACCUCCCCGAGAGCCCCAGCGGCUCUGCCCCCCCCCCCCCCCCGUGGGGCUCCCCUGACGGGCGGGGCCCUCUAGUGACCCUGCCUUCCCCAGCGGCGCGGCCCUGCUCGGAGCGGCCGGGCUCCGUGCUACUCUCGGGACAGCGAGUGCCCACCUGAGACAAACAGGAAACGAACAAAACUCCUUCUCUCGGCUGUAAUCUGGUCCCUUUUCAGGGUCCCGGCGAGCCCCUUUCUCGUGUCCGCCUCAGGGUGAAUAGGAGUGGCUGCCUUGCCUUCCUGAGCCCAUUCAUCAUUGUGUGAGCUUUCCUCAGUUUCCCCCCUGCUCACCUUCUCUGUGGAUUCCUGUGUUGCUGAUACAAUGAGAAAUUUGAAGUUACUGCACAGUCGAGAGCAUGGGCCUGUCCAGGCUUUGGGGAGUCCUCAGUGUUUCUGCCUCCGUGCAGACCAAGGGACGCUGCUCAUUGGUUCAGAAUAUGGGAUCCUGGAGCUUGACCCAGCCAUUCGAGGGGUGAUGAAUGACAUUUCCUUGACUGUGGAUGGUUUUCUGCCAGAAGAUGGAAGUGGCCACAUUGUGGGCAUUGAAGAUCUGCCAGAUCAGGAGUCUGUGUGUAUUGCUACAGCAGCUGGAGAUGUUAUACUGUGCAACCUCAGCACAAAGCAGCUUGAAUGCGUUGGGAGUGUGGACAGUGGUCUGACCACCAUGAGCUGGAGUCCUGACCAGGAGCUUGUCCUGCUGGUUACAGCGUGCUUAUUGGCCUUUUCUCCAGAAGUGUCUGCAUUGCAAUGGUGCUGUGCAUAUGAAGACCCAAUCCUACAAGGUCAGCGAACUCUUAUAAUGAUGACAAAGGACUUUGAACCAAUUACUGAAAGGGAGAUCCACCAGGAUGACUUUGGGGAAGGAAAGUUUAUCACUGUUGGUUGGGGCAAAAAGGAGACACAGUUCCAUGGAUCAGAGGGCAAACAGGCAGCUCAUCGCAAGCAAACGGAAGUGCCACCUGCUUCAUCCUCUGAUGAUGGCCAACCCCGAGUCACCUGGAGAGGAGAUGGGCAGUUUGUAGCAGUGAGUGCUAUUUGUCCACAGACAGGGGCCCGGAAGAUCAGAGUGUGGAGCAGAGAGCUGGUCUUACAGUCGACGAGUGAGCCUAUCCCAGGACUAGAACAAGCACUGGCCUGGAAGCCCUCUGGAAGCCUGAUAGCCUCCACACAGGAGAAGCCCAAUAAACAUGAUGUUGUCUUCUUUGAGAAAAAUGGUCUCCUUCACGGGGAAUUCACCCUCCCGUUUCAGAAAGGCAAAGCCAAGGUUAACGAGCUGCUUUGGAACUUAGACUCUACGAUCCUGGCAGUUUGGUUGGAAGAUGUUAAGAAAGAAAAGAACUCUGAGACAAACACCUAUGUUCAGCUCUGGACAGUAGGGAACUAUCACUGGUACCUGAAGCAGAGCCUGCAUUUUGGCAGCGCUGAGAAAAGCCGGCUUGUGUCACUGCUGUGGGACCCUGAGAUCCCAUAUCGACUGCACGCUCUCUGCAGGGGAUGGCACGCCCUCUGCUACGACUGGCACUGGAGCACGGACUGCAGCACUGGGGAGGAGAGCCACCUUGUGGCCAACGUGGCCGUUAUUGAUGGAGAUAAGGUGCUGGUAACCGCCUUCCAGCAUUCUGUGGUGCCUCCUCCCAUGUGUACCUUCCAGCUCCAGCUCCAGCAGGCAGUGAACCAGGUCGCAUUCCACACAGACCCCACAAAGAGCGCAGACCUUGCUGUCCUCGACGCCAGCAACAGGAUCUCUGUUUACAGAGUUGGUGACAGCACUGUGAAAGACCCCACUGUUACACUGGGAGGAAGUGGAUUUAAAGCUUCUGUGGAAACACCUCAUCUGGAAAAAACCUACAGAGUCGAGGUGUGCUGCGGCGAGGGCAAGCAGGUGAAUCCUCUGACAUUCCGACUUUUCACCUGGCUGCAGGAUGACACCUUCUUGGCAGUCAGCCAGGGGCAGCUUGCAAUGCACUCCAUCAUCCACCAUCUGACUGGAGGUCCUGAGGCCGAGGGAGGAUGCCUACAUCUCCGUUUGUCUGUGCCUGUGGAUGGGGAUGUGAUCAGCCUGUGCUGUAAUCCGAAGACCCGAGCAAUAGCUCUGCAGCUGGCUGAUGGGCAGAUACUGAAGUACCUUUGGGAGGCUCCCAUUCCAGCCCUCGAACCGUGGAGGAGCAGCACUGGCUCUGCUGUUCAGUUCCCUUCUCUGUGUGUGCAGACUGCACUGGCCAUGAUUGGUGGAGAAGAGGCCAUCCUGGGUCUGACUGAUAGAUGCCGUUUUUUCAUUAAUGAUGUGGAGGUGGCUUCCAAUGUUACCUCAUUUGCCAGAUACGAUGAUUUUCUGCUGGUGACCACCCACUCCCACACCUGCCAGUGUGUAUCUUUGAGGGACACAUCACUGAAAGUUCUGCAGGCAGGCUUCAGCAGUUCCUCUUCUCCCAACGAGACACUGCGCAAGGUGGAGCGGGGCUCCCGCAUCGUUACUGUUGUACCCCAGGACACCAAGGUCAUCCUGCAGAUGCCAAGAGGGAACUUGGAGACUGUUCACCACCGAGCCCUCGUUCUGGCCCAGAUUCGGAAGUGGCUGAACAGGCUUAUGUUUAAAGAAGCAUUUGAAUGUAUGAGGAAGCUGAGAAUCAACCUCAACCUUCUUUAUGAUCACAAUCCCAAGGUUUUUCUGGAAAAUGUGGAAACCUUCAUAAAACAAAUAGAUUCUGUGAACUACAUCAACUUAUUUUUCACUGAGUUGAAAGAAGAAGACUUCACAAAGACUAUGUACCCAUCUCCAGUUAGCAGCAAUGUCCAGCUACAACAGUGUCCUGAUCAGAAAAAAGUAGACCUUAUCUGUGAUGCAAUGAGAGCUGCCAUGGAAAACAUCAAUCCUCAAAAAUACUGUCUUUCAAUACUGACGUCCCAUGUGAAGAAAAGCACCCCAGAACUGGAAAUUGCCCUUCAAAAAGUGCACGAGCUGCGAGAGACUGUUUCACCAGCAGCUGAGGGGGUGACUGCAGAAGCAGCGUUGAAGUAUCUGCUCUUUCUGGUUGACGUCAAUGAACUGUAUGAUCACUCCCUGGGCACAUACGACUUUGAUUUGGUUGUCAUGGUGGCAGAGAAGUCUCAGAAGGACCCUAAGGAGUACCUGCCAUUCUUAAACACCCUCCGGAAAAUGGAAACCAACUAUCAACAUUAUACUAUCGACAAAUACCUGAAAAGGUACAAGAAGGCACUCUGUCACCUCAGCAAAUGUGGUACAGAGCACUUCUCUGAAUUUCUCAGCUUGGUGAAGGAUCAGAAUCUGUAUAACGAAGCCCUGAAGUUGUAUCCACCUGAUACUCCAGAACACAAGGCUGUCGGCAGUGCCUUCGGGGAGCACUUGAAGCAGAAGCAUCUGUAUGAGCAGGCUGGGCUGAUCUUUGCCCGCUGCAGUGCAUUUGAGAGAGCCCUCGAUGCCUUUCUGAGCAGUGGCAGCUGGCAGCAGGCCCUCUGCAUGGCCUCUCGGCUUGGUUACACGGCGGAUCAGUUGGCUGGGCUUGCAAGGAGCCUGGCAGGAAAACUAGUUGAACAGAGGAGACAUGCUGAGGCAGCCAUACUCCUGGAGCAGUAUGCACAGGACUACGAAGAGGCUGUGCUCCUGCUCUUGGAAGGGACCGUCUGGGAAGAAGCCUUAAGACUAAUUCACAAAUACAGCAGACUAGACAUUCUGGAGACCAACUUCAAACCUGCUAUCCUAGAAGCUCAGAGAAAUUAUUUGGUGUUUCUGGAUUCUCAGAAAACAACAUUCACUCACCACAGAAAGCGCCUCCUGGUGGUUCGAGAGCUGAAUGAGCAAGCCCGCCAAGGGCUACUGGACGAUGAGACACCAAACUGUCUGGAGGCAGACCUUAUUUCCGAAACCAGCAGCAUCGUGACAGCCAGUGACAUGAGUGGCAAAUACUCGCACAGUAACUCGAGGAUAUCUGCCCGAUCCUCCAAGAACCGUCGCAAGGCAGAACGCAAGCGUCACAGUCUGAAGGAAGGGAGCCCUCUGGAGGACCUGGCCCUUCUAGAGGCCUUGGGAGAAAAUAUCCGUACUACUGAGAACAUGAAGGGUGAAGUGCACAGCUUAUUAAAGGGGCUUGUGCUCUUUGGUUACGAUGAGCCAGCCAGGGAGCUGCAGCAGGCCCUGGAAGAAGCUUUGCAGUUGAUAGAGAGGUCACUCCCGGAGAUCUGGACCACAGAUCUGCAACAGAAUCCUGCUAACCCAGUCCUGGGCCCCAAUUCAAUGGCAAAUAGCAUUAUGGCCGCCUAUCAACAGCAAAGAAUUGCAGGUCCUGCAGUACAAGAUGCAGAACUUCUUAUUCCUCCAAAACUCAAUAAAACCAUCCAGUGGAAACUGAAUCUCUUACAGUAACCUGAGGCCAAGAAAUCCUGCUGGACGGACGGACGCACGCACGCACGCACACACACACACACACGAUCAUCGCCAACCCUGGAGAACAGGAAGAGAGGUAGUCCCCAUAGAGGAGCCCUUACUGGUGUUGUCUGAGUUAGACAUCUGCCAACUCUCUUCCUCUCUCCUUUGGCAGCUCUGGUGCAUUGUCCCUAAGACAGCUUACAAGCCAGCCUUCCUGCCUGCAGUACCUCACUGCUGCCAUGACCGUUCAUGUCAUUGUAAAUAGCCCAGUUUUACCCUUUUGAUCCUGUAUCCCUAAUAGUCCAGCUGAUGCAUUUUUAAAGAAUGUUAAACAGAGCAACAGUCUCCCUGCUGCCCUGAGCUUUGUUCUACUGUUUAAAGUUGGAUGGCUGUUACAAGACAUUAGCCAAAUGCUGUCUUGUCACACCAUUGACUGCAGUAGAGCUACUGUACUCUAGGCAACUAGGUCCUCAGUGCAUCUAUGCCAGUUUACACCAGCAGCAAGUAUGGCCCUAGGCUUACACUGCUGUAUGUUAGCCCAAUGUGCCAUAGUCUGCUCUGUGUCAGUGAUUAUUGUACACAACCUCUCCUCUUACCAAAACAGAGCAUAAUAAAGAGAUUGCUUAAACUGUG